AAAAAAAAAAAAAAAAGGGGCAUCAAAUUAAUGGCAGGUGAGGCUGAAGGCGCCGGGGAGGAGUACCCGUCGUCAUCAUCAUCGCCAAAGAAUAGGGUUAAGUUCUUAUGCAGCCAUGGCGGCAAAAUCCUACCAAGGCCUUCCGAUGGCCACCUCAAGUACGUCGGCGGCGACACCCGUGUUGUUGCUGUUCCCCAUGACAUCACUUUCUCAGAUCUAAUGGAGAGGCUGACCUCACUAUUUGAAGGGGAUAUGGUCCUCAAGUACCAGCUAAUCUCUGAGGAUCUGGACACCUUGGUUUCUGUGAGAACCGAUGAAGAUUUGAAGCAUAUGCUCGAUGAAUAUAACCGUCAAGAAAACCGAGGCACCCCAAGGCUCCGCACCUUUUUGUUCCCCUCGAAGCCAACCAUCUUGGACAAUCAAGCUGCCUUCUUGGAACCCCGAGCACUUGAGCUACGAUACGUGGAUGCCGUCAAUGGCAUAAUUCGUACAAACAGCAGACCAAAACUCACUCCUAUUGAUGUGAAUUGUUCCAGCUUUAGCAUUUCGUCUGCCUGUUCUUCCCCAAAUUCCCCUUCCCCCAGAGGUGCUCUAUGUGACCAACUUGGUAGAGUAACGUCGACCAUGCAUAAAGUCCAAAGCUCUCCCAGUCUAUGCAGUCUUGACAACUUUCAGCACCAUACCAAUCACAAUCAUCUUCAGCAGCAUUAUAAUUACCAUUACCACCACCAUCAUGGUUUUGGCAACCAAUCACAGAGACCACCCUUAGAUCUUCAUAAAGAACGCCUGGCUUCCUCUUUAUCCAUGGGGAGGAGCCUGCACAUGGGGCAUAGCUCUGGACAUGGCCAUGGCCAUGGCUAUGGCUUAGCUCACUCCACAAAUAGACACCACAGAGGGAGUAGUGGAGGGUGCACCAAGUGCGGCUAUCAUGAUGAUCAAUGUCCUCUCUACGGAUGUUCUAGAGUUGACAGAGCAGAUAGUCUACCACGAAGCCCCAGAAAGACCUUAUGGGAGUAGCAAAAAUUUAAAAGGGCACGAAUUCAUUCUGAUCCACUCAUUUUCUUCGUUCCUAUACUCAAUAAUUGUAUUGUAUCGCUUUAAUAUGAACUUGCUGUAUCCGGCUGCCACUAUUGGUGGUGUUUAGGUUUGUUUUCUCAUUCAUAUAUACAGAAACGUGAAACCGUGUUUGUCCAACAUGUAAUAUAUGAGGACCAAAAGGCCAAUCUAAAACUUCAUCAAUCUUAAUGAGUAUAUCAAAAUUAUCUGAACAAUGUCCAUUGAACUUUGAACACACCAUUUCCGUUUCGCUAUGAAAGGCUACUUAGUACUACCACAGCUUCCUCUAAAUUUCUAAUAAUCCUUUUCGUUCUCCACAAAACAAAAAUGAAGUCAAAGAAACCAGAAUACCAGAUCCAAUCCCGCAAAAUUAAUUCUUAUACACAUUUACCACUUAAGGAAAAUAUAACU